AUGUGCACCAACCAGACAACCCCCCAAACCUACAAGCCGAAACCAAUCGACAUCUACCUAACCGAUCCUCUCCAAGCCCGUUCCAACGACCAAGACCAAGACCAAGCCAACGCCGACACCAAAAAAUGGGCCAACUUCUUCCAUGCACUCACCACCGACGAACGUUGGAGCGCAGCAACAGGCUACCAGUACUCUACCAACAUCCUGGAGCUACGCCCCGACCUCUCGCUAGUCCCCACCUCCAACAACAACAACAACAACCAAUACUACACCACCUGGCCCGAAGCGCGCGAGAAAACCAAACUCGCUCGCGAGAUUCUUUUGUCGUUGAAUUUUGUCGAAAUCCCGAGCGUCUGGAGCCCGAGGGUGCAAAUGAAGUGGGUUGGGUUUCCGGAUAGGGAGUUCGUGAAGAAGCAGAUGGGGAUGCGGGGGCUGGAGAGGUUUGAGAAGAGGUAUGGUGGAAAUCAUGGAAUGGGAAAUGGGAACCGGGGAACCGGUGGUGUACCGGAUAAGGAGUGGAUUGAGUUUGUUAAGGCUUAUGGACCCGGUUGGGGUGAGGAGGAGAGGGGAGAGGGGUGGGUUGCUUCUGUGCUUUAA